ACUGCCUCUAUCACCAGGGCAUUACUCAUGAUGAUUAGACUGUAUGCACCUCUGAAAAGUCGCCAGUUUCUACAGGACUGUACGGUACAAUAUUCCAGAAGUCUGUUAUCUAAAGAUUUUUAUGAUUAUACAUGGCGAUGGGUAGAAGGUAGUGUUCAAUAAAUUGAACGGUAAUUGCCAUUGCUGAAUGUUCUUUAAAUCUUACUACUUUCACGAUAGAUGGCAGCACAGUGUAUAUGUGAUGUCAUAGAAUAAAGCGUUGCCAACGUUUAGCAUUGAGUUAUCGAUGUGUAUAUUCUAUGAAUUUUCUGCAAUUUAUACCUUUGAUAGUUGCAUGUGCUACUCAUAGUACGAAUCACAGAUUAACAGUAAUGUUGGUAUACCUGUCAAGUCCCCACCUGAUUCGUGCAUUAGUUGCACGCGUGUUUUCAUAAUCUAAUCUCUAAUAUGGUUUUGCGAUGAAGGGGGUGGGGCGAGGGUCAAAGUUGAGAGAAUUUUUUAUGAUUGCUCUUUAAGAUUGAGAGUUAUGUCAUUUAUGUAAUGAAAGUUUUAGUGUUGCAGGCGAAUUUGAAAAGAGCUGAAAUUACUCUAGAACGGAAUAACGAAUUUGUAUAGUAAUCGAUAAUUUGAAACUGCAGUCAUUUUGAAAUGAUUAAGUUUUUUAAGGCUGUAAUAAUUGGUGCUCCGGCAUCUGGGAAAGGCACAAUUUCUUCUAGAAUUAUUAACUACUUUGAUGUGAAGCACGUAUCUAGUGGGGAUAUUCUUAGAAGUAACAUGUCAAUGAACACGGAUCUUGGUUUGAAAGUUAAGCAGUAUGUGAAUAAAGGUCAUUUGGUUCCAGAUGAACUUAUGAUUUCUCUGAUCAGUAAUGAAUUGGGUCUGUUAAAAAAUAAUAACUGGAUUCUUGAUGGCUUCCCAAGAACCAAGGAGCAAGCUGAAGAAUUAUUUACCAAAGAGCCAAUAUAUGUGGCUCUAAACCUGAUAGUUCCCUUUGAAAUUAUAGUUGAGAGAGUUAAAGGAAGAUGGAUUCAUGAACGAAGUGGCAGGGUAUAUAACACGGAAUACAGUCCACCAAAAGUCACGGGGAAAGAUGAUGUCACAGGGGAAGAUUUAAUUCAACGACCUGAUGACCAGCCAGAGGCUGUUAUGAAGAGGCUUGAGAUAUACUCUGAGAGCAUUAACCCAAUAUUGGACUUCUACAGAAAAAAAGGAAUUUUGAAAGACUUCAGAGGGAAAACAUCAAAUGAAAUUUGGCCACUAGUAUAUAAUUUUUUGAAAAAUUACAUGACACCAAAAGCAGAGUUUAAUCAACAAAUAAACUAGAUAAAUGCUGAUUAUAUGAAUCUGUUAACUUAACCUGGUUAAUACCAAUUCAUAAUUAGUAGAUUUAUUAAAUUUAGAAUAUAAUAUAAAUGUUGUCCAAAGACUGUUUUAAAUGUUGGUUAUUAUUAAUUGUGUUCCAAAGAAAUAUAAUGAACAGAAAGUAGUAGCACAACUGUCCAACAUUCAACUGCCAGUGUUGAACAUAAAUUUUGUGAUAACUUGUAUCAAAAUGAUACCCUAAUUUGAUUACUUGUUGCCCUUUUUUAUUUGUGGCAGCGAAUACAACUAUACAUUCACAUUUGUUUCAUAAUUUGUAUGAACUAGGCACCUAGCAGAUAUUAAUGUUGAUGGCUCAACAAUGAAUUUACAAGCACAGGAGUGGUGGAUGUGACAGAAAUGAGCAAUGUAGUGUGCUGCUUAGCUUGAGCAUCACACAUCAUUUUCAUGACAUGGGUUACUGGGGAUUUAUAUGCAUUAUAACAACAAAGAAGUUUAGAAAUCUCAAUAUACUAUCUUAAAAUAAGUUUCAUAACAAGCAGAGACAAUAAAUAUAUGAAGUUUGAUUUUUCGUAGUUACGUGAUAUGUAUAGAAUGAUGAAAUUAGACACAUAUAUGUAUAUAUUCUUUGAUACGUGUAAUUUUGGAUUGUUUAUGUAUUUUUAUUAAUUUUUUUGUUUUAAUAAAAUAAUUGAAAAUAUACUAUAA